GGAGGCGCUGUUGAGUGUUGUUGUUACACUCGCAAGUUUUUUUAACGGAACACACACCGUAACUGUGUGAAACAAAAAUAGAGGCAUUAUUGACAUGAUUUAAGAUUUGCAAAGCCAGCAGGAGGCCUCUAGUGCAGUGGGCAGCCCAGAUUCCAUAAUUCAUAAGACAAGUCUCAUAAGACAUCCAAGCCUAAAUGACAUCUACAUGUAAGUGCAUAGCUCCGUAACCAGCAGCGGACAACAAAAAUGUAGACGUUGGACAGGUGGUGACCAGCGUGGCAGGGCACCGGUGUGAUGGGAGCCUACAAGUCCAGACCACCAUCAUCCUGCUCAGAAGCAUGGUUGAAGCGAGUGAAGGACAGUUACGUCACACUGAGGACCAGGGUUGCACAGGACACAACCGUUAACGAGGACAAUGAGCUGAGUGCUCUACAACAAGCCUGCUGUGUUGAUGACCUUGAUGAAAUCUUGCAGCUGAUUAGUGAUGCAAAUAUUCAUGAGAAGACUGACAGUGGGCUGACACUGCUGCAUCUAUGCUGCAUGGAUGGAGGUUGCAGAAGUGUUGUACGAUUUCUUGCCAGGGUGGGAGCAUCUAUCAAUAGCCUGAGUGAACGUGGAUUCACAGCUCUUCACGUUGCCAGCUUCAAGGGUGAUAUUGAGUUGGUGGGUGAUUUGCUGAUGGGCGGGGCUGAUGUGGGAAGUGUGGGCUAUGCCUCGAUCACCGCCCUGCACUUGGCUUGCCUUGGUGGUCAUGCUCAGGUUGCAGAGUUGUUGUUGAGGUACGAUGCUGACCUUCAUGCCCAAGAUGCUCUCAUGUUUACUCCGCUGCACUGUGCAUGCUUCUUUGGUCAUGACCAGGUUGUCAAAUGCCUGAUCAACCAUAACGCCGACAUCAACAUGAGCAGUGGGGUCGGAGUUCGCCCGCUUCACUUGGCCUGCACCAAGGGGUUCCUGACUGUAGCCAAGCUGCUCAUAACUGGCAGGAAAAACAACAAAGCUGAUGUGAACAUACAUGACAAUGAGAAGAACACCCCGCUGCACUACUGCGCUAGGACAGGGCACAUCUCUACUCUCAAACACCUCCUUGACCCAGCCUAUGGUGUGAAAGGUCUCGAUGAUAAUAUUUACGGAGACACCGCUCUGCACACAGCCUGUUACCAUGGUAGACUCAAUGUUGCCAAGGAGCUUGUAUUGAGACUAGGCCAGGAGUGUCUGGCCAUGGAAAAUAUCUUCAGUGAAACACCACUUCACAGUGCUUGCACCUAUGGCAAGAAUCUGGACUUGGUGAGGUUCCUACUGGAGCAGCCAGGAGUGGAUGUCAACCAACAGGGGAGAGAUGGGCACACGGCAUUACACAGUGCAUGCUACCAUGGCCAUACACCAGUUGUGCAGUUGCUGAUUGACUGCGGAGCAAACCUGGAUUUAGCCUGUCAUGAUGACGUCAUCACCAGCCACAAUAAAAAACAGACAUGUCUCACCUGGGCAAGAGAGAGAGGUCAUGAUGAUGUAGUGGCUCUGCUCAAGAAAGUUUCACAGGAAGUGAUGUCACGAAGCGGAGAAGACUAGCUGUAAGAUACCUAUAACUCAUAAGGCUCCAGAGAUUGAUUAAAGGUUUUCAUGAAUUGUAUUUUAAUAAGAUGUUUAAGAUCGAGGUGCAAGUAACAAUAUUAUUUAUUAAAUGACGUGACGGCAAAUCUAUCAAAAACACAGCAUUGACUGCAGACCCAAUAUGACACAAGAAUGGUACUGUGUGUCGGCUUGAUGCUUGUACUGCAGAAUACUGACAUAUGUUGUCUGGUUACCUACUGAUAAUCAAGUGAGUGCAUGUAGCACGGCUGUGCUUGUUUGUAGUUUUCAAGCCAGUGUGAACGACCACAUUACCACAGAUGUCCAACAUACAUCAUGCGAGAGGAAAGUACCUGAGCAUUUUGUUAUUCAAUGGCGCAUGAGUGCCCUAACCAAACAGUAUUAUUUUCACUAGAAGAGGGCAGCUUUGCAUGGUCCAAGAAAAACAGUGGACUGCCCCAUAAUCCCAGCCCGUGGUCUUUUCACCAGUAAUCACAGCCUCUGAUGCAUUGGUCCAGGCUCUGGAGUAGCAAAAACCCUUCAUUGUCACUGUCUUGGAUGUGCUCACUGUUCAUGUGGUGUAUCGCCAUCUCAACCAGCCUCAGACAUUCUCCCCGUAUCUCAUGACUCCACCCCUAAAUUCUCGCAUAGUUGGAAAAACUGUAGGAUGGUAGUAACUUGCUCAAGAAUCCCAGCACUUCAAUGUUGGUCCUUUGUUAGACAGCCAGAUGAUUGGUGACGUCACUUGAGUCAAUCUCUGUUGAGGUGAUCCUUCCUCACUCUUUGAUGGUACACCUUUGUCUGCCACGUCCAGUCGACUUACUGGCUCAUCUAGUCUUAGUUUGCUUCACUGGAUAGGCACAUUUCGUCUUGUCUUCUGUAAGAGUUGUCAGACUUGCCAAUCCCUCAUGUUCCUCUAAAUGUUACACCAGUGCCAUAAAUGACACACACUCAGGUCAUGUUAGUUGGUGACCCUGUUAGAAAUAAUGGAGAGAUAUCAGGCAAGAGUACAGUAUACAGGACAACUUUAAUAUACAAGACACAUGUUGGCAAAGUCGUUACUAGAAGAACAAUGAGCCAGGCCAACUUCCUGUGCCUUGCUGAUGUGGUGGGUCAGUCCGUUAUGUAUAAAGGUAUCAAAAAGAAAGUCUGGAAUAAUACCCAAGGCGAAGCGCACCCCUCAGGUGUACGAAACACCAUGGACUACAUCACAGCAGA